AUGUCUGCCUGGGAUACCGAUACAGUCAAGAUUGGAAAGAAUGUCCGCAGCGGCGCCGGCGGACCCCGUGAGACUGUUGUCCGCGGUCAAUCAGCCCUCAACGCUGCUCGCCGUAGCGGUGCCGCCAUCGCGACCGAGAAGAAGUUCGGGGCUGGCAACGCUGCCUCCAAGCCCGGUGUAGAAGGCCAGCGCCUCACCAUGGUCGACCGCGCCGACGAUAUCGUCAAGCCCAAGACCGUCGGCAAGGAAGUCGGCCAGGCUAUCCAAAAAGCCCGCUCCGAAUUCGCCAACCCCAACGGCACCAAGGGCAUGACCCAGAAGGAUCUCGCCACCAAGUGCAACACUACCCCCACCAUCGUCGCCUCCUUCGAGCGCGGUGACGCCACCCCAGACCAGAAGGUCCUUUCCAAUAUGGAGCGCGUCCUCAACGUCAAACUCAGAGGGAGCGAUAUCGGCAAGCCAAAGUUUGAGAAGAAGGAGAAGAAGUGA